UAUUAUGCACCGUUUUAAGAGGAAGUGCUUCGUUUCCAAUGUAAAUAACAUGGGGAAUUUUAAUUAAAAAUCGCGCAAUUCUAAAUAAUUUAUAUUGACAAAGAAAAACAUGUAAAAUAAACGAGGAUAGGAGUUUGUAUUUCAUCAAGAUGUUCCGUGGUCCACGGGAUUAUUCCAAGUUAGACCUGAAACAGUUUGGUGGACACAAAGAUGAGUUGAUAUUUACAGGUGCUGUUAAAAGUGUUUGUAUUGCCCCAGACAGUAAAACAUUAGCUAGUGGAUCCUAUGAUAAGACUGUUAGAGUAUGGAGAAUGAAUGACGGAGAAGCACUCCAUGUUCUUGAAGGUCACACAAAAAGUGUUGAGGUUGUCGUGUAUUCAGCAGACUCCAGUAAGCUUUGCUCUGGCUCCUGGGACAGAACUGCCAUACUCUGGGAUGUACAGAAUGGAUAUUUACUGAAGGUGUUUGAAGGUCAUGAAAAUUUGGUGCAGUCUAUAGCAUUUUCUCAUAAUGGGUUUUUCCUUGCAACAGGAUCAUGGGAUUUUACAGUUAGAUUAUGGACAAUAGGAAGCCCUGAUGGUGUAGACAAAGUUAAAGUGCUAGAAGGUCAUAGAGGCAAUGUACAUGCUGUCGCCUUCUCUAAAGAUGGAAUGCUGGCAUCUGGAUCCUGGGACAGGUCAGUCAAGUUAUGGAAUCCUCGUACAGGCAAGCUGAUACACUCUCUGACAGGACAUGAGGGCUGGGUUCAAGCCCUGGCUUUCUCUAACGAUGGAAUAUACUUGGCAAGUGCCAGUGAUGAUGAUACUGUGAGGGUCUGGGAUGUGGUGACAGGGGCUUGCAUUAAAGUGCUAGAGGGUCAAACAGACAUAGCCCAACAUUGUGCAUUUACCCCAGGAGGGGCUCUGGUUGCAUCCGGUGCUGCUGGGAUGACAUUGUCACUGACCUGACAUCCGGUGCUGCUGGGAUGACAUUGUCACUGACCUGACAUCCGGUGCUGCUGGGAUGACAUUGUCUCUAACGUGACAUCCGUUCUAAACCAGACAUCAUCUUUUACCCGAUCAUCUCCCUAACCACUCAUACCAUCACUUCAGUGCAGUACCAGGUAAUUUAAACCUAUUAAAAUUAAAUUGAACUGGUUAUUGCACUAAGGUGAUGGUACAUCAGUUAAUGAAUUGUCAAUUCUUUGCCAUUUUUAAGCGUUUACCAGUUCUUAAACAACUGCAAAGCAAGAAUUGGUGCUGCUUGAAUUCUUCCUCCUUGAUAUUUUAAUGUGUUGUUUUUGUAUGUACAUCAAUUUUUGUGUCCAGGAUGUGUGUUCAGAUAAAAAACAUUUUAACCAAGCUAUGACAUCAUAUUUUUCUUUACCAUUUUCCAUGACAUGUUUGAUUAUAAAGAAGCAGUUAAUUAACUUAGAAAAAAUAGAAUUAUUAGAAAAAAUUGUACAUAUUGUCAGACACUAAUUAUCAUCCUGUAUAAGGGGUAUAAAUCUUUGAAAGAAGUUUUCAAAAAAAAGAAAGUACAAAAAAAAAGAAAGUACAUGCACUAUUGCAAAAUAGAAAUAGCAUUGUAAAAUGCAUACAUUUUGUAGUGUGAUUAAGAAAAAUUAGCAAAUAGUUUAGAUAUUAAAGGUUGACUAUCAUUUGAAUUAAGGAAAAUAGUUUGAAUGAAGUAAUCAGACCAAUUUCGAUUUUCUAUUCAGUAUUCUUUGAACAUAAAAUUAAGAAAAAUCAUCUAUUUUAUAUGAAUUGUAAAAGAUAAAGAUUAAAUAAAUGGACAAAGUAAUGGUUUUUAUUCAGGUUUUACUAUUGAGGUAUAGAGUCUUAUUUGAUAUUGUAUGUAUCAAGUAUAUUGUUUCAUAUAUUAUAUUAAUUUAGGUAUAUACCAUCUUGUAUACCAUUUCACUAAAA